AUGUUGCUUGGUCCGCCAUUCAACAACUUUAUCACCUCGCCUACGGAAGUGGCGGUCAAGUGGGCGCAAGGCUCUGCUGCCGUCGCUUCCUUGUGCUGGGAGGCGACCAUGUACGAAGGCCUCUUGGACAAGCUCCAGGGGAUCACUGUGCCAGUAUUCUACGGGCUUUUCCUCGGCGACUUCGGUGGCACCCCGAUGGGGUGCAUGGUGCUCGAGUGGUGCCCGAGCAGCGGCUGGGAGAUGGCGGAAAGCCCGACGCGAGAUGAAGUCCGGAUGCGCGGAUUGGCGGUGGCCGAUCUCCACAAGGCCCAAGUCCAUCACGGCCAGUUGUACGCACAGGGCGACGCCCUCUGCUGGCUGGACGGCCGACACUUUCUCCGGGCUCAAGACGGGUCGGUGCGCGUGGUGGACUUUUCUGCGGCGGUGCACCACGAAUGCCUGGGCGGCAACAACUCGUAUUGGAUCGACGCUGAGCACCUGAGCGAAGACUGUCACUGCAAGGAACUCACGCUGGCCAUGCACCAUGCUUCCAGGGCGAACGCCGGGCUCCUGAAGGACGUCCCGUGGAUACCCAAUCCGGAGAAACCCCAGCUGGAAGGCGACUCUCGACGGAUAUCACUGUCAAGUUUAUUGUAG